AUGUCGCGAUCACUAGCACGCCGCAUCUACUCCGACGUCUUCGCCAAAUGGCCCAAGCAGGACCUCCGGCCGGACUACCAGUUCCAGGACGUCCUGGGCAAGGUCGUCGACGAGCGGUUCAGCGCGUACAAGCCCGCCAUGGAGACGGAGGAGCUGCUCAAGGCGAGGGCGCUGCAGUUUCUGGUGCAGAACAAGUUUAGGGACAGGUAUAAGCUCAAGGGCCCCAUGCUGCAGCCAAAGAGCCAGCCGACGUAUUUCGAGGACCUGGUCAGGGAGAUUGAGGAGGCGCCCAAGAGGACCUGGCUGGAGAGGUUGGGCAAGAGGUUGUCGGGCAUGAUUAGACUGCAGUGA